GAUGCACUGAGUAGAAGCAGUGAAAGUGCCGCUAGCUGAGUGUGAGUGUCCCUCCCUCUCUGUGCCAUGUGAUGUGCGCUCCUCCUUCCUCCCCCUGUGUGUGUGUACUGAGUGUGUCCGGACUGCACCGGGCGGGGCGAGCGAUCCCUCCCGGCCGGUCCCCGGGUAUAUAGAGUACUGCCGGGGGCACGCCAUGCAGUGUCCGGGCCCCCAGUUCAGCAGCACGGAGCUAGCACAGAGUCAGCAGCCGGACAGCAACAGUGAGUGCAGCGCAGACUCGGCUCCCCGGGACUACUCACAGCGGAGAACAGCACAACUCGGACCCAGGAGACCUGACUGCCCCUGAGCGGCCGCCCCGGGAAUUACAGGAUAUGGACAGCAGCGCCGGACACCUGGACUAAUUUGGGAUAUACUGAGUGCCCACUGACUUACCGUGCCCACACCGGGAUAUACUGAGUGCCCACUGACUUACCGUGCCCACACCGGGAUAUACUGAGUGCCCACUUACCGUUCCCAGCCGGGGAUAUACUGAGUGCCCACUGACUUACCGUGCCCAGCCUGGGAUCUACUGAGUGCCCACUGACUUACCGUGCCCAGACCGGGAUAUACUGAGUGCCCACUUACCGUGCCCAGCCAUAGAUAUACUGAGUGCCCAUUCAGACUGCACUGAUUUAUCCUGCCAAGGUUUGGAUAUACUGAGUGCCCCCUCACACUCUGCCCCGACUUAUCGUGCCCAUCCUGGGAAAUAGUGUGUGAACUAUCCGAGCUCAAUCAGCCAUUGCCCCCAGUCCUGGCCGGUGACCCUAUACAAUGAAUAUAGUGCUGGAGUUCUUCGUUGUCACGUUCAAGGUGCUGUGGGCCUUCGUGCUGGCAGCGGCUAAGUGGCUGGUUCGUCCCAAAGAGAAGAGUGUGGCCGGCCAGGUGUGCCUGAUCACAGGGGCCGGCAGUGGACUAGGUCGCCUCUUUGCGCUGGAGUUUGCCAGGCGCCGGGCACAGCUGGUACUAUGGGACAUCAAUAGCCAGAGCAAUGAGGAGACCGCGGACAUGGUGCGAGAAAUCUACCGACAGCUAGAGGCAGAGGACGCCCUGCGGGGUGAGUGAUCGAUCCGUUAAAAGUACUGGGAGCUAUACCUUCAUGUCACCUCGUAGUAAUGGGAGUUGCAGUUUACCCAUUGCCACAGGAGACACUCAUUGGGGUCCUGCUUAAAUGUAGAAAGGACUAAUUAAUGCAGGGGUUGGCCAAAAUGCUUCUAGCCAUUCUUGGGUUAAUGUAAAAUAUUCAGAUUGUUUCAUGAUAAGUUUUGGAACUUAGUUAUAAAGAUCCAGAGUAAGUUAUGUCAACGUUCUAAAUAUGGAGCGAUCAGCAGACACAUUCAUUUUGUUUCCAUAGUGACCACUCCAGCUUCAGAACUUUGGCCCAGACUUGCUCUUUAUACUUAACCCCCUAUACCUUUUUAUUUGAUCUCACUGUAGUCUAAUGUAUUAAGUGACUGUCCCAUUGCUCAAAAAGUAAAUUUUAAUGUUAUUUUAUGCCACAGGUCUUGGCACCAAUAAAUGACUAACUUUAUGAGUGGCUAUAAAGCCUACGACUGCUACAGGCUCUGAUUCUUAUUAUAAUAAUUAGUGGUAGGCUUGAGGACCAAAGACCAUGCAGCUUGAUUACUGUCUCAACAAUCAGUUGAGCUAACUAAUAUUGCCAGAUUAAAAACGUGUUGCAUCAUUUGUAUGCUGAUUUUAACAGAUGUUUGUAAUGCAAAAAAAACUUAGUUCAUUCAUACAGUAAAGGACUAUGGGAGACAAAACACACUUGUACAGUACCAAUUUAGGUGACUUUCCUUUUCACCUACCAUUUGCAUUAUAUAACCAUUUAAACAGUUUCUAAUAUACUGCUAUGAAGCAUGCUCAUUUUUGUUUAAAUGGUGUAUGUAUUAUGUGUUUUAACAUGUUUGAUUUGCAAUAAGUUCAUUCAGACUUCUGUCUGUCUGCAUCAGAGCGUUUUAAAUUGUUUGGCUCUACCUUGCCCUUAUUUUCUUUCUGAGCAAAGUACUACUUCUAUUGAUUUUGGGUAUUGUCCUGUGUGAUGUUGCACAAAUUGUCUAUUUAAAUAUUUGAACCUGAAAGCCCUUCUGUAGAAUUACAGUUUACCCAGUGAUGGGAAGCAUAGGGUACUUAAAGAAACAAACCAAGAGGACAACACUAUUCUUAAAUUUGAAUUUUCCACCAUACAUUUUUUUUUUUGUUUUUUUUUUUAAUGACAUUGUCUCUUUCUUUGUGUGCACGUCUUAUUAGCUUAUUCACAUCUGGACAUUGUAUUUAUUUAUUCUAUUCUUUUCUUAUAUCCCUAAGCAACCAGUAAUUCUGUGGAAGAAGAGGUACCCCCAUGCUGCAACCUACAGGUCUAUACGUACACCUGUGACGUAGGCAAGCGAGAAAAAGUGUAUUCCACUGCUGAAAAAGUCCGCAGGGAAGUGGGAGAUGUCUUUCUGCUGCUGAAUAAUGCAGGAGUCGUUUCGGGACACCAUCUGCUUGAAUGCCCUGAUGAGUUGAUUGAAAGGACUAUGAUGGUCAAUUGCCAUGCUCACUUUUGGGUAAGUUACUGUGCUCAUUAUUUUUCAGAUUACUUUUCUUUUUGUAUUUUUCCUUUAAACAUUACUAUAAAAGUAACAUUCAGGCUGCCUGAAUCUGAAACCCUAGUUAUUUUUUAUAUGUUCCCCAUGCCUUGACCUACGGUAAUACUGUAUAUCUAACAUUAUUUUGUAGAGCAGUACUUACCAAUUAGGAGGCACUUGUUGAAUAUUACAGAAAGUAAGCUGUAGUAGAUACAUUUGUCCCCUCCUCCCCAAGCUAGGUGAGAAAGAAAUCUGAGCAUUUCAAAUAUGUGAUUCUGUCAGUCUUCAUUAUUGGUGUAGCGGUAUCUUCAUUUUUAACUCAUGAUUUUAAUUUUUUUUCCUUCAUCUAAAAGCAAUGUAUUUCAUAAUCUUACUUUAAGUCCACAUUAAAAUAUUUUCACAAAUGAUAGUAUAUUCAGUGCGUUGGCGCUUUAUAAAUAAGGUAUAACAAAGUCGUAGUUUGAGAAUACACUUGCAAUCAACUAAAUACUUUAUUUUUAAAAUUUAUUGAUAACCGAGUUGCAUAUAAUUUUGUAUGUUUUCUUUUCAAAGGUUAUAUAUAUUCACCAGAAUAAUAAACCGUUAACUGUAGUUGUUCUGGUGUAUACAGCCUGUCCCUGCAGGUUUUUCAAUGUAAACACUACCUUUUCAGAGGAAAAAUCCGUGUUUACCAUACUGCCUAGGAACGCCUCUAGUCGCAGUCACUCAGAUGGCCACUAGAGGUGCUUCCUGGCUCAGUGCAGUAGAGUGUGCAGCCUGACGUUCAGUGUCUCCAUGCAGAGCGUGGAGCCGCUGGACGCUCCCAAUAUAGAUGCAUUGAUUCAGAUGCUGAUUGUGCAGUAGUUUUCGGAUUGGCUGAUAUCAUCAAACUUGUUGUUCUCAGCCAAGGAGGCGGAGCCAGACACAACGAGACUGGCGCGGUGCUGGAAUAAAGGUGAGUAAAAUAACAUUUUAGUAGGGGGACCUAUAAUGUGUUCUUUUAGAAUUCCAGUGUCAGGAAUACAUGUUUUGUAUUUCUGACGCUUUAUUGUUCCUUUUAACUUGUUGGGGGUGUUUGUUGUUGGGGGUUUUUUUUUGUUUUUGUUUUUUUUUUUAAAUACCUACUGUAGAUCAACAAUUAAUAGGUCAUCUUGUUAUGCUGUGCUUUGACAGUCCUUUUUAAAUACUUUUAUUCUUGAGAUGGUUCUCUGUGGGGAUUAAGACUGGUGUUUUAUUGUUUACCACAAGGGAAAUGUGAUAAGGACUUGUUAGUUUUAUCUAUCACAUUUGAGAUAAGAAGGGAGAGCUUUAUACACAAAGUAAGUACAAAGUAGUAAUGUGUUGUGUGUGUGUGUGUGUGUGGUUGUGUUUAUUAUUAUUAUGGGGGGCGAACGUGUAACAUGCCAGCUGUAUAUUAACAGUAAAACAAUCUGGUACUUCCUACACUUGCGAGCCCAUUCUUAAAUAUUCUGAACUUUAAAGGAAUACCGUUUACAAUGCAACUGCCUUAUCUCAUUAAAGUGGUUAUAAUGGGCAGUCCCAAGCGUUGUCACUAAAAACAUGAGUGCCUUGACACAGCAUGAGCUUUGAAGCUAAACAAAAGUACCCAUAAUGAUGAAGCAGUGGGCAGAUGUGAUAGGCUGUCAGCUGACCCUCUCGGCCAAUUACAGCACCCAUUGUGGGUAUGGCUAGAAUGAAGUGUGUAAUUACUGCCUUAACUAUGCCUUCACUAUGGGUCGGGCUGUGGAUAACCAAACACUAUUAUUUAUUUAGUGUUAGACUGCUUGAGAAAGGUUUAAUGCCAAUGGAACGGCUGUGCAGAUGACUUGUGCUAUAACCAUUUCAGUAAAGUGAAAUGGUUAUUGUGGCUUUAAAAUCUUUUCAGUUUUUCUGCAUACUCUCAUUGGAGACCUGUGAUUACUUUGUAUACUUUUGUGACUUUGUUCAGCAGGCACCAGUCGUGCAUAUUUCAUAACACCUUUUAGCUUAAUGAAGCAGUUGUGAUGUAUAGAUCCUGCAGCUGCAGUCUCACUUCUAGAAUCUCUGGCAUUUAGGAGUUUAAUAACUUUGUUCAUGCAACCCUAGUCACACCCAUCCUAAACACUUCCUGUAAAGAGACAUCUAAUGUUUACACUUCCUUAUUGCACAUUCUUUUUAAAGGGACACUAUGCCUCCUGGAUUGUUGGUUCAGGCUCCUCCUCCACUGCCUUCAGCCGGUGGGGGGACUGAAUGCGCAUACGUGGCGAGCACUGUGCAUACGUGUUAGGACUUGCCCUACAGGAAGGCAUUGCUUUCCUAUGGGGUUUUGGUUGAGGCUGAAUGUCCUCAUGCAGAGCAUAAGGACAUCCAUUGUCCGUAAGGCAACCAGAAGUCGCCUAACCACCCACUCAACCACUGGUAGACCACCACUAGAGGUGGGGUUAAACCUACAAGGUAAUUUUUGCAGUUUCUCAAACUGCAGUAAUUACAAUUGUAGGAUUAAGAAGCCUGGGACACUGCACAAAGACAACUUCAAUGAGCUGAAGUGGUCUGGGUGCCUAAAGUGACCAUGGGACCCUGUGCAUUAAAGCCCUGACUUAAAAAGCCCAUAUAUAUUCCCAGUUCAACACCAUAUAUAGAUACAUAUAAGAACUUCUUAUAUGUAUCUAUAUAUGGUGUUGAACUGGGAAUAUAUAUGGGCUUUUUAAGUCAGGGCUUUAAUACACAGGUUUUUUUUUUUUUUUUUGUUGCAAAGGGGGUAUUCCAGGAUGGAGUUGUUUCCUAAUAUUUUUUGUGGAAUAUAUAUAUUAUAUUAUAUUUUCUCUAUCAUUCAAUGCCUGGUGCUUAUCAAAACAAAACUCCAGUGUAAGACAGCACUCCAAGGUUGUCUUAAUCCAAUAAAACUUAGCAUUUAUUGCUCACAUUAAAAAGAUCAAUGUUUCAGUUUGUCCCCCAAACGUUCAUCAGGAUCAUGAUGGAAAGUUUAGAUAUACUUUUAAUUUGUUUAGACGUGAAUUUGCGUGUUACAUAUAAUUUUUUUUUUUUUUUUUUUCCUUCUCCCCAACAAUAAGUGAACUACAGAAGUCUGUUUAUUGCACUCUUUUACAAAGUGUUGCAUGGAUUGGGGGAAAGUAAGCUUUCAUAGUGAUCUCAUAUUUCCUUUUUGGGGGAGUGCAUGAAGCUACAGUAUAAUGAAUAGAGUAAAGGACACUUGCUCAAUGUGUUCCUGUACAAGGUGCAUACAUGGUUAAGAAGCUGUCAAUGCACCAUGCCAGAAACUGUUUUCUGUUGUGGUUUGUUUGUUUGUUUUUUUUUUUUGUUUGUUUUUUCACACUUUCUCAAAUUUUUGCUAGUCUUCCCUUGCUAACAUGCUGCACCAUGUUAUCUGGCUCUGGUCCCAGAUCUUAGAAACUGCUGAAGCCUUGGUUGUUGGGAUCAACAAGCAGGUGUAGAACUUUUUACUGUAUUAUAAGCUAGCAUUGGUUAUACGACCUUUCAUCUCCUUAAAGGACCACUAUAGUGCCAGGAAAACAUACUCGGUUUCCUGGCACUAUAGUGCCCUGAGAGUGCCCCCACCCUCAGGGACCCCCUCCCGCCAGGCUGGAUGGCGAGGAAAGGGGUUAAACUUACCUUUUUUCCAGCACCGGGCGGGGAGCUCUCCGGCUGAAUGCGCGGCAGGAGCUGUGCGCGCGCAUUCAGCCGGUCUCCUAGGAAAGCUUUUUCACAGUGAGAAGCACGCAAAUGCCUCUAGCGGCUGUCAAUGAGACAUCCACUAGAGGCUGGAUUAACCCAUUUAUAAACAUAGCAGUUUCUAUGAAACUGCUAUGUUUAUAAAAAAAAGGGUUUAAUCCUAGAGGGACCUGGCACCCAGACCACUUCAUUAAGCUGAAGUGGUCUGGGUGCCUAGAGUGGUCCUUUAAACAAAAUCUCUGCACAUUGGACUAAAAUACAAACUUUGUGUUUGUGCAGGCAUUGCUUCCAUAGUUUUCACGAAAAUGUAUGCUCCCUAUUGUGUGUACCUUUUUGCCUCUGUUUAAGAAAAUAUAUUCAAAUGAAAUUAUGACCAAGCUGUCAGUUUCAUGGGUGGGCGUUCAGUCUUUUAAGUCCACGUGCUGUGUAACUUCGCUGGCUGGCUUGAAGCCAAAUCCACUAGUGGAUCAGAUCUGGGCUCUUAUCCUAUAAUGGAAUACCGUUAUUCUAAAUGGUCCCUAAUAAUCUAGAACAGUGGUUUUCAACUAAAAUACUUAACGCCAUCUCAAAGUAUACCACAAAAACACUGACUUCAAUGUUGUGGUCUGAAUGCAAUCCUUUAAAAACCCAAUCUGAAUGCUGACUAUUUCUGGCUAUUUAAUAAAAACUGGUAAGAUAAUUUUGGCCUUAAAUAUGCAUAUCUGUCAAGUAAGUGUGUCAUUUAUAAGCUGACGAUGAAGGUAAAAUAAAAAAUAGGUGCACAUUGCUUACUGUCUUUUUUUUAUUUAAGUGACCCUUGAUCCAGAAAAGAUUGGCAACAUCCGCCCUAGAGAUCCAGAGUUGAUACUCAGUGUAAAAGUAUUAAACGCAUGUUCACCAUCCCUCAAUAUUUUAUUUAAAUGUUGGGGUUAUCAGAUUUAUCUAGCAUUUACUGCAAAAUGUAAGUAAGAGGAAACCAAAGGAGAACUCACAAUUCAAAUCUUAAUCUGUGAACCCAAGUAAGGUCAUGGAUUGUGUCCCUUUUAGACUGCAUGGAUGUAUAGCUUCCCUGCCUAGUGCUGAAAGGGUUGGCUAAAUAUCGGCUCUUGUAAAACUGUUUAGAAUUUGGAGUCUUGAGGAAGUCUGACUGUUCUUUUAUUUUAAACACUCAACAGUGUAUAUUCUUGUAGUCAAAGUAUUUUGAGUAUUUGGAAGAAUGUUUUUGCCUUCCUCUGCCUUUUUGCUUGUUAAUGAAUUAUGUGGGGAACUCUGGGGGUAUUGGGGAACACGUGAUGUGCCUUUCUUGGAAGAUGUCAGAGGCUGUUGGCUGAAUUACUUUUCAUGUGAGCAAAGCUUCUAGUACUAGAUUUGGCAACAAGCCCAACAAUAACUUGAAAACUACAAAAGGGUAAGGGGGGGGAGGGGAAGAACACUUCUUAAAGGAAACCAAACAGGGAUUUUUAUGGAGUCAUAGAUUUUCCAAAAUAAAAAAUGUAAAUACAAUUGCUUCCCAUUGUCCUUUGAGUGAGAAAGUUAUACUUUAGUCUAGUUGUUGUGGCACGGCAAAACCGUUGGUUUUAAGCCCAACAUCCCAUUGUGCAGAUCAGAGGAAUGCCUCCAUAUAUGUUGCAAGCCAUACAGCUGGCACUCUCUACAUGCAGGGUUGCUAAUGGUUAAUUCCAGAAAAGUAACACUAUUCAAACCUUUACAAGCAGUGCUGCAGUUUCUUGUAAUAUGCCCAGGAUUGACUGACAAAUCACAGCCAUGUCAUUACCUCUAUCACAGAGAAAGAGUGUAGGUUUGUGUGCUUCUUCCUUUAUUUUCACUUUAACAACAAGUCACUUGUUUAUUUAAACUGUUCGUCUUGUCCUAGCUAUCAAUUAAUGUAUGGUUGGCUACAUUUUAACACUUCCUUUUAUGUCCUUCUACCCCAAUCCCUUUCGAUCAUAACCUCUUUUUGAGCCUGUCACGACCUUUUGAUUCUUUUUGUGUUAAAAUUGUCUUCUUGCAAUUACUUAUGUUCCACCUAUUCUACAUUUCUGUAGAAUAUGUUUGUGCAAUAUAAAUGGUUGCUUGGAGAGGGAUGUGGUGGCUGCACGUACCACAGCCCAUGUGUGCUGUACUGGUCCUAUUGCAUAGAAGUGAAGACACAGCAGGUAAAAUGUAUAAGAUUAGCGUUUGAUAUAUGCUUAUUCCAUCAAUUUGGCAACCACAUCAAAUGGAUUACAAACCCUAUCCGGUAAUGCAGGUGCACUUGUCAUAAAUACAAUGUAACCUCCUUUUUAUAUCUAUGCCCAUUAAGAGAACCGCUCCUCGAAAUCACAGGACUAAUAAAUCCAUUAUUAAAGAUCAAAUGGAUGGCAUGUUGCCAAACAUCAUCUGUAUGAGUGAAAACAAGUAGGCAAAUGUGCUCAAAUUAUAUCAAAAUUCAAAUAUCCUCUGAUCAAUUUCAGCUAAAUGUCUUUCGCUUCUUCCAUUUUCAGACAAAGGCCUAGAAAAAUGUUAUACGUACAGGCAACAAUUACAUGACUUACAGAGAGUGGCAGUGACUUGCUGUAGAUAAUGUUCUGUGAGUUGCUAUCAUUAUUUAUAACAAAACGUUUACUCAAAUAAAACUCCAGAUUGUGAACGUGUAACUAAAUGAAGUCUUAUCUCCUCAACCUAUGUGAUCCCCAUAAAGCUCAAAAACUUUAACAAAUAUUCUGCUUGCUUAUCCCAUCUUUCAAUUUUAACAGAGUUUAAGAUGUAAAAAUCAUAACAUGCACCUGUUGACACACAACUUAGUGACCUGAAUUUAAAUCACUUCAUGGCUGGCUUGUAAAGGUUUUUAAAGUGGGGAGAAAAAGACCACAAAUCUAUUUUACAAGUUAUUCAUAACUUGUAAUUUUUCUAAAUAACUUUUAAAUCCCACAAAAUGUACUUUUUUUAUUUUAUUUUUUUUUUUAUUUUUUUUAUUUAUUUUUAGUGUUGUGUUUUCCCCUUCAGUCUUGCAUUUCCAUAUAAAAAGGGGCAACAUUUUGGCAGUGCUUGUUUUGGAAGUGUGAGUCACUGGUGUAUAAUUGAUCAUUUCCUCAGCGUUUGUCCUAUAACCACAAACCAUAUGUCACUUUAACAUUGGUCUUUAAGGAUUUUAUAUCCCAAAUGAGAGGAAAUUGACGUAAAUUUGUGAAAUAUAAUGAACUUGCUCCACUGGGCAAAGAACAGAUGUCUACAAGCAUCUCCCAAUGUCAUGUAGCACCUCCUAUGACGAAAGCCAUCUGCAGGAUGGAUGCAGCCAAUUUCACUGGUAACAAACGGAUUUCAUGAAACCAGAUUUUAUUUCCAGCAGCUGGGGUAUGGCAAGUUCUAGACAGUGAUAGACACCUUGAAAAAUGUGAUUGUUAGUGUUCAUUUACCACUUGUUUAAUUGUCAGCUAACAUUAUAUAUCAAUAUCUGAUUGAAAUUUAUUCAUGGACUAUUAGAAAUUAUGUAUUUUUUUUUUUUUUUUUUUUAGGUUUGUUAUUGCUGUGUAGUAUCAACAGUCUAAACUUUUUUUUUUUUUUUUUUAUUAUUAUUUAUUUAUUUUUUAUUUAACAGGGGGUAGGAGGAUUUGAGAGCGCUGAUUGUUGGAGUGCUAGGUUGUUUUUUGGUUUUUUUUUUACCUCCAAAUAUCUCUCUUUAGGAAAAUAGUCCAGUUUGUUUGCUUAUGUUUCUCUUUCUGACAUAGCUGUAUAAAGUUGUACCAAUAUUUCUUAAUCUCAAAUCAUGUUUAUUCAGUUUUGUUUUUUUUAAUAGGUAUUUUUAUUUAAUAGGUUCCUUUUGUAGACUAAGAACUUAUAUCUUAAAAAAAAAUUAACUACAUUGCUAACUAUUCAAGUAGUAGUCCAUCUCAAUUGUUCUCACAAGUGGCAGCAGGUCCUUGCCUUAUCUUGGAAAUGGUAUUGGACCUCUUGAUCCCAUACUGUCUUGACAAGCCUGUAAGGAAUGUGGACAAAAGUUUAUGGGCCUUUCCUUUAGGCCAUCCUUUCUAGGAGGAAAUGCAACACAAACGAGCAGUGGUCAUACCCAGAAAGCUUAGUAAGGAUAAAUAAGCACCUCUUCACAUCGGCUAUGUUUAAUUUGAUGCAUAAUGGGUGUUGAAACAAAAAUUAUGUAAAAAUAAUGCUAUUGAGAGAUUCUGGAUCAUGGCAAUCAAGGAGUUUAUAAAGGUCUCCAGAAUGGCAAUGUUUUCCCAUACUGUUAUGCACCUUUAUCUUUCUCUGUGAAAUUGUGUGGGGUUUUUGUUUGGUUGUUUGUCUUGGGAACCAUGCAUUGUGUAUUACUGAAAGUAAACCAUAGAUAUCACCUCCUGUGCAUUUAACAAUCUAAAACCAUGAUCUGCUUGUCAAAAUAACAGGCAGAUCAUGUAAUAGCUGUGCAUGUUUAUUGCUUCCUGGGAAGAAAAACACAACCCAAAACAUUCAGAAUGACUGACUUAAAGGUUACUCUCAUCAUCAUCAUAACCAUUACAGCAUGCUUUAGUGGUUAUGAUGCCAGGAGUACCCUGGUCUGGUUCUCCAGUAAGGAGGGAAAAUUGUCUCGCAAAGAUUAGCUAAAAUAGUAAAUUCAUGCCUUUAUUUCAGUCUGCUGAUGCUGGUUCUGCCCCUGAUCUGCCUUCUUGGCUGACGUCAGAAGUGAUCUCCGCCAAUCACAAUGCUUUCCCAUAGAAAAGCAUUGGGUUGGCUGAGCGUGUCAUAUCUGUUAGGAAAGUUCAGUGUCUCAAUGCAGAGGGUAGAGACACUAAAUGUAAGUUGUUCUGGUGGCUAUAGUGUCCCUUUAAGAAGUCAAACUUUUUCUAAAAUGGGUUGACUAUUUGACAUUGAGGGGACAAGGUUGCCUUCAAUAACUUCACAGGCCAUAUUACAUUGUGUUUUUGUUUUUUACCUGAAAUCUUGGUAUGUUUGGCCCUCACUGACAUCUGAAAUAUCUGUGGCAGGCUGAUUAUCGCUUAAAGAUGAUGAAGGAGUGUGUGUGGUGUGUGUGUUUUUUUUGGAUCUAUGUUCUAGAUAUGUAAAAUUAGGUUGCUUUCUAAAUAGGAAGUGAUACAAACUUAUGGCCUCGCUGAUGAUUUUAAUCAAUUUCUGGCAAAUACGUUGUGCGCAUCCCUGAUGCAUUAAAUAAUUUCUGUCUUCUGUCAUAAAAGACAGUGUCACAAACAAGCAGUUGUUAAACAUUGAAUGUAUUACUCAUUCCUUGGCAAGAACACACGAUUUGUUUAAUCAAAUCUGUUUAUUAUCAUAAAUAAUUGCUCAGGUGGUACUCUAUAUAUACUAUCUACUAUUCAGUUAUUUUGCGCAAACUUUAGCUGCCUCUGAUAAUGUAUCUAGUUUAAGCUCACCUGUUGUGGUACUAAUCUAGUUCUAGAUAAAAACUUGGGUAUUGGAGAAAUUAUUAUUUUUAUUUUUUUUUCAAGGGAUAUUAUGAGCAGUGAAUUAUUUCAAAGUUUGCCUGUAAACUCUGUCUGUAAAUUUAAAGAUCGGUUCUUUUUUUGUUUAAAAAAAAAUUUAAAAAAACAUUUAAACAACUCUAUAUAGUUAUUCUCAUGACUGUAUGUCAUUACAUGUACAGCCUACACACCAAUUGAUCAAAGAGCCUGAUUUAUUUAUUUCUGCCAAAACAGGAUAUUCUACUUUCUGCUUCAAGAACCUGUUCUGUUAGCAUGUGAGUUCCAUUAACUAGUCUAUUGUGCAGGAAAAAAAACCCUCUACAUAAGGAAAACAUGCUUAUGCUUCGUUGUUCCCAUAUACACACACCUUCAACUUAUUCUCUACCAGAUGCCGUACCCUUACCUUUCUUAUAGUCAGAGGGUUAAUUUGUAAAAACAUCCACAGCUUGUACAAUUUUUUUUUUAAUUUUUUUAUUUUUUUUUAAAUUAUUUUUUUUAGACCUCGUCUUCUUAGAAUUUAAUUAAGAAACUGCCCAUUGCUCACAGAACAUUAUUUCCCAGUUUCUCCAUUUGCUUUUAUUUUUUGCCUAAUUUGUCUUGACACCACAGCUGUGGCAGCCUUUUGUGCGACUAAACCUUUCCUCUGUUUUGUUUCAUUAAAAACACCAAGAGAAAAGCGCUAAAGAAUUUGGGGAAGGGGUGGGAAGAAGUGGUAUACUGUUAGAAGUUAAUUUGCCAUAAACAAAAACGUUGAGAACCAAUUACUAAAGCUAUGAAGUGACAUGUAAACGCUUGUUUAGUUUCACACUUUUGUGUCUAAUAAGUAAUUAAUUACUGGUGUGUGCAUGUAAGGGUAGUGACAAGCACUGGGGAUUACAAGUAUACAAGUCAAGUGAGAAUUUGUCUCUUCCUGCACACCUACCGAUCUGUACGCACAAAGAUUAAGUGUGCUGCAAUUAUCUUUGCUUUAAGUCGAAGUGUGGGAGGCUUUUCUUCUUAACCUACUAAAUAUACUUUUAAUUAAAGUUAUUUUAUUUCACCCCACCCCAUACUGUCUGUACAUUUAUCUCUGGACUCUGUCAAAGAAAUGCCUUUGGCUUGGUUCUAGGUUUGUUUGUAUUUAAGGGUCAAGGUUAUGGAUGACUAUAUGACCUGGUCCAUGGUAAAUCUAUAACAAUAUACCAACAUUGGCCUCUACAGGCAAUAAAACAAUUUUUUUUUUUGUAUUUCAGUACAUGUGUUUAAGAAGGUGAUACCUUGGAGUUAUUGUCAUGAAAUACCUUACAAAAAUGUAUGGCUGCAUUAUUGCAGUAUUCUUAUUUACAGGAAGAAAAAAAACGUUGCAGUGUUGUCUGUGAAAUGUCUAUCUCGUAAGCCUGGACAUUUUAAGGUGUGCAUGUAUACUUUGCGAUGGAGGUGUUAUCUGUACAGGCUGUUUUACAUAUUAUAGCACGAUUCUCCAUUUUCAGAUGGUUUACUAACUGAAUUCAUUUUUAAUAGUUUUGUUAUAAUGCCCACUUCAUGAGACUGUCUUGGAAUAAAGGAUAGAGCGUAGGAAGGCAGACUUUUGUGAAUUCUGCCUUUUGCCAGCUGUCUAUCUUAAGCCUCCAUUCGCAGGACAAACCUGCAGGUGUUAAACAACAAAUCCAGUGCUGCGCAAAAGAACAUGUGGAAAAAGUUAGACAAAAACCAUGUAGAGAAUAAUUAAAUGUUUUAUUUCUCCCCCCUUUGCUUCAUGCACAGUCGAAAUCGGGUACAUUCUGCAGUGGUUAUAGCUAGCAACAUCUGGUGGAUAAUCCUGUGUUUUUUUUUUUUUUUUUUUUUUUCCUCUGUUGCGUUUUUUGGUUUUCUCUAAUGAAGUUUUAGAAGUGUGUGGAUAGAUAUCUACAAAUUUUAAUUUUAUUCCUUCUCUUGUUUUGUUUCUGAGCUGGCAAGUGUCUUAACAAUACUGCGUUGGAAGGAAGGACAUAGCAAUCACAGAACUUUGUUUGGUCUUAAACAAACACAAGAUGGUUCUCAGGAGUUUGUUGAUUACGUUACAAUGAUUUCUCUGUGCUCAGCAGUUGGCACCAAAAGAGUUUGGAAAUUACAGCAGAUUUGAUUUCAGGGGACACAGUGAUAAUCUUGUUAGCCAGAAAUUAAGUAUGCAUCAAAGAAUUGCUUGGAAAUCCUUUAAAAGUGCCGGGAGAUCUCAAAACUACCUGUUUGUCUUGGCUUCGUUAUAGGAGAACUGCAUUUAAAUAUAACCAGUGGAGCCAAGUCUUUAAAAGAUUUCAAAUAAGAAUACCCGUUGGACUUGCAUUUCGUCUAUUUGUUUUAAAACCUCCUAUAGAUUUGAUUCUAUACAUCAUAGGGACUGUUUGCUAUGGAUGGGUAGAAUCUUUUACAUAAAUCCUUUUUAUUGAUCACUCUAAUAAUGACUGCAUUACAUUGCAGAAAUAGACAGCUGUGUUGUAAUGAAAAGUGCCCCAGUAAACAAAUCUCAAUAUGAUCUUGCAGGUGAAGCUUUUCUCUAACUACAAAACAAGUAAUAACUGGGGAGUAAAAGUGACUAACACUCUUAGUUCAGGUGAGGUAACAGACGUUGCUACUUAGGGCGUCUGGCGCAAGAUAGUGGAGGCUAGGUAAGUCAAACUGCGUUUUAAAAAAAACAACCCAGUGACUAAUUUACAAUGGGGACGUGCCAGGACACUCUUGUCACCAUAACUACUAUAGCAAGGUUUGGUAGUUAUGGUGCUUAGUGUUUCUUUAAGUCUGUUUGUGUGUUUUGUGUGUUUUUUUUUUUAUUUUUAUUUUUUUUAUUUUUUUUUUAUUUAUAAUUUAUUUAUUUUUAGGACGGGGGUUUAAGGGGCGGGGAGGUAUUGUGUGUUUUGUUUUUUGCCAUUCUAAACCUUAAUGCAAUAAGGAACAUGACAGUCUUUUAGUGUAAUAUCAUUCUCAACCAGUAUAGAAGAAAUGCUGAUUUCAUAAACUGGCAUUCUUUUAAAAAAAAAAAAAAAAAACCCUUUUUUGGGUCCAGAUCCAUCCAUGUCUCUCUUGACCUAAUGUUCUCCUAAGGGCUCCAGACGCCUGCUGUUUAUGGUGUUUAGUUAUUAAUGCUUCACUUUGCGCCCAUUCCAUGCUUGUAGUUUUCGGGCAUUAGUUCCAGUUUGUGUUAAUUAUCCUCUGCUCUCUCUAUUGGAAGUAAUUCAGAUGUAGUCAAGAUCAGCAAAACUAGAACUAAAUCCAAACUCCGAAAUGGUACAAAUCUAAAAACAAAGUCCUGUCGGGAACACUCGUCAAGGACUGCCCAUUUUCAGAUCAAUGCAGAUUAAACAUAUCUGGAAACAUGCAUGCCUAACAUUUUUGCUAUAACAUUGAAGGGAUUAAGCAGAGUAGAUUUUAUUUUAUUUAUUUUUCUCCCUCAGUUUUAUUUGCCAGAAAAUGGGUUUAAAUGAAACCCCAAGGAGUGCAUUGAUUAGCAUUAUCGUUUUACAUACUGUUGUUAUAUGGUAAGCGGAUGUGAAAUAUAAUGAUAGCAUUUGUUUGGGCUAAAUCUCUCUUUAGUUGCCUGUGAAAUCUUAGAUAACACAAAUAAAGAAUCCUCAUUAACCACAUCUCCUCCUUUCUCUUUUUUUUUUUUUUUCUCUCUCCUCUCUUAGACCACAAAGGCAUUCCUCCCCAAAAUGAUGGAAAUGAAUCAUGGACAUAUUGUUACUGUUGCCAGCUCAUUGGGAUUGUUCAGCACCGCAGGAGUUGAGGUUUGUUCCAUUUCCUUCCAUAUAGAAUGUUCUAAUCUAGCAACCCGCUGUGGGUUGCGUCCUUAUGGAUAAGGUGUGCCAGCUAUUAUGGACUAUAUAUAUAUAUAUUUAUUUUUUUUUUACCCGUGCAUCAUGGGAUAUGUUGUCUAAAACAUCUGGAUUUGGGAAUUGUCUCUUUCAGGACAUAAUCUGUUCCUUAGCAGGUCUUUAAAUCUUAAAGUUGGGUAAAUACAACUUCAGAUGAACAACACAUGACAUAUUACACUUGUCAUGAUGGGGUUUUUUUUUUUUUUUUUUAAAUCAACAAAUGCCAGCAAACUUCAAUGAACUGAAGAUGUGACAACUAUGUGAGAUCCUUAUAAAGUCAUACAGGAAGAAAUGACUUCAAGUUAUUACUGCUAAAGGUGGCUCUGAAUUAUGCGGUGUACUUUUUCACACAUGGAUUUUCCUCAUUUUGGCUUUAUUUUUGUUAAAACAAUCCACAGCAAAAAAACAAAUGUGAGGAAGGCUGAACUUUUCAGCUAUGUAACUAUGACACGGUGUCAUGUCAUGAGGUGUUCAUCUGAGGUCGUAUUUUACGAAUUUACUAAGACCUGCUAAGGAAGUGAUGAGCAUUAUGUCCUGGUAUGUACUAAUUGGUGCUGAUAAACUAGUUAACGGAAAUUUGGUCAUUGUAAUAGUUCUUGGUGAAUUAAUAUUUUCGGGAUACUUGUCUUGAAUGUGACCGUCCCUCCAUGUUCAUUUAUUUACUUGUGUAGAUUUGUAUCUAGCUAUACAAAAUUUGUCCUGCAUGCUCAUUCCUUCUUAUAAGGGAUAUAUUAAUACACAAUGCAUUUAUUUAUUUCCCCUUCCACAGGAUUACUGUGCCAGCAAGUUUGGUGCUGUGGGCUUCCAUGAAUCUCUCAGCCAUGAACUGAAAGCGGCAGACAAAGAUGGGAUUAAAACUACAUUGGUUUGUCCUUAUCUGGUUGACACUGGCAUGUUCCGUGGCUGCAGAAUCAGGUUAGUAUCCACACGGAAUGAUGAUUACUUUGCACUUUUAACACACUUCUAGUUUGGUCUUCACUGGUUCAUGCUUUCAAAUCCUAAAAUGCAUAGAAUGUAUUAUAUUGCAUGUUCUACUGUUGAGUUUAAAAAAAAAAAAAAAAACUACAAAUAAAAGCAUAACAUUCUUGAUUUUUUGUGGUCGGCUUUCCCUAUUAUUUAUCCAUUAAAUUAAAAAGAAAAUAUUUUUUGAUCUGUGUCUAAAACUUUUAAAUUCACCUCCUCUGCCAAAUAUACUGUAAUAUGCUGUUUUGGAAUGGAUAUGAGGGAAAAGCUGCCUUAUUAUUAUUUUUUUUUUUUUUUUUUUUUAAAGCUGGGAAGCUUUGUUGCAUGUGCCCACUAACCCUCUGAGGAAUAAGUAUUUUUAAGGGGUCUGCUAAUAUUCUUCCAAAUGUCUGUCUUCACUGAGCUUCUCCAGACAAUGCCGUUUGGGCAGCCAACCCAGCACCCAUCCAGGUGCACCUCAUUAUUCUAUCGUGUUAUGAAGUAUCAGGGCAAACGUGGAGCUGGAAUGUGUAAAUAAAACUCACUGAAACAUUUUAUCUUUCAGGAAAGAAAUUGAGCCCUUCCUCCCACCCUUGAAACCAGAUUACUGUGUGAAGCAGGCUAUGAGAGCGAUCCUUACAGACCAGCCUAUGAUCUGUACUCCUCGUCUCUUGUACAUGGUGACCUGCAUGAAAAGGUAAUUAUGUAUUGGUUUUUAUAUUUUUUAAAUUAACCUUAUUGGGGUGAAUGUUUUCUGACUGUGUCUAGUGCUUAGUGGUUGGUGCUCCUGAAAAUGUAAGAUUGUGCAAAAUUCCAUUAUAGUGAUUGUUGUGUUUUAUUUUAAUUGCUAAUUAUUUUUUAGUUUAUGUAUUAUAAUGUUCCUCGAUGAACAACAUGUAGAUCUUGUAUACUAAUCCAGAUAUGUUACAAGUAAUGUCUUGUUAAAUCGGUCCAGUGUCUGGGAAAUACGCCAAACCUCCUUUGUAUGAAAUAGAUUUUAUUCUAUGUUUCUGCCGUGUAAUCUACGGUCGAUCUUUGUGAUUGCCGAGUUUACCUCCUACUUUGUUGGUGGAGUUCCUCACUCCCUUUCCAUUCAGCACCACAUUCAUAACAUAUACAGAACAUAAAGCAUCAUCAUUUUGUAUGAAUAAACAUUCAAGUGGGGGGUUCCAGACUGUUUCCACAGUUGUACUUCUUUCAGCUUCAGCCUCUUCAGUAGACAUAGAUCAGAAAACAUUAUUUUGAUCAUCAUAAUUAUGUACGCAAGACUGCAUUCUGAUUUUUGUAAGUACAAGUAGUGUAUUUCAAAGUUGACAUUAUUGUUCCAAAGUUAAAGGGACACUAUAGUCACCCAGACCACUUCAGCUCCAUGAAGUGGUCAGGGUGCCAAGUCCCCCAGGUUUUAACCCUUCCGAUGUAAAUCUGAAACUGCUAUGUUUACAUUGCAGGGUUAAUCCAACCUCUAGUGGCUGUCUUCCUGACAGUCGCUAGAGGCUCUUCUGCGACACUGGAUGCAAAAUUCGCAUCCAGCGUGCAGUACGUCCAUAGGAAAGCAUUGAGAAAUACUUUCCUAUGGACUGUUUGAAUGCGCGCGCUGCUCUUGCCGCGCAUGCGCAUUCCGCUUCACUCGGGAGCUGACGUCGGCGUGGGAGGAGAGGUCACCGCUGGAUAAAGGUAAGUGGCUGAAGGGGUUUUAACCUCUACAGCGCCAAGGGAGGGGGACCCUGAGGGUGGAGGGGUCCAAAGGGUGGUAUAUAGUGUCAGGAAAACAAGUAUUCCUGACAUAUAGUGUUAAAACCAUCAUCUAGCCGCCCCUGGCUUCCUCUUGCCUCCCUAAUUAUAGUAAAUUCUUACUUGUAUUCAAGUCUGCAUCUACUGCUUCUUACCUGUCUGCUGACAUCAGAAGUGGUGGAAUGAGCCAAUCACAAUGCUUCCCCAUAUGAUUGUCUGAGACUGUCAAGGAGGCAGAUCAGGGGCAGAGCCAGCACAAGUUACACAGCCAUGGCCAGUCAGCAUCUUCUCAUAGAGAUGAAUUGAAUCAAUGCAUCUCUAUGAGGAAAGUUCAGUGUCUGCAUGCAGAGGGAGGAGACCCUGAAUGGCUGAAUGCAGUGGUUGCGCUUGGGGCUGAUGGCAGGUCUGGAAGGGACAAAGGGGUGCUCAGAUAUGGACCCCAAGAUUUGGCCUAAAUCACACUGUGCACACAGAGGUGCGUAAAAGGAGUUGGACUGUCUAUAUGUGUAUAUUUAAAUGUAUAUAUGUUUAACUGUGUGUAUAUGUAUGUACGUACAUACAUACAUACAUAUUCACUCUAUCUCUGGGCCUGUAGUUGUGUUUAAGUGAUUCCCAUACCGUUACUAGGCUGGCGAUUUGCAGGCCCCUUCCCUCCACCCCCUCUACCUACAUCUACUAUUAUAUACCCCUAUGGUAUGCCCUCUUUAUUACAGGCCUACUGUAGCGUUGGUUCCUGCACACCACAACCGACUUAUGUGUGUGUGUGAGACAUGCAGAGAGUAAAGACAAUGAAUGGCAGUACUGCGUAGUGUGCAGCACUGCCACAUGACGCACCUCUAGUAGCCAUCUGAGGAGUGGCCACUGGAGUUAUCCCUAGGCUGAAAUGUAAAAACUGCAUUUUCUCUAAAAACCGUGUUUACUGCAAAAAGCCUGAAGGGAAUGAUACUACUCACCAGAACAAAUAUAUGUAGUUGCUGUAGUUGUUCUGGUGACUAUAGUUUCCCUUUAUUAUUCCCUUUAAUUAUUUAUUUUAAAAUGUAUGCCAGAUCUGUAAAUAUACAGACCGUCUCCACACCAAAACUGCUACACAAAAGAUUUAAGUUGUGACCCUGAAACUGCAGGAUAUGUUUAAUACCUGUGUCCUGUAUUUGUCACAUUAAACAGCCACACUGGUGGAGUACUGAUUUAUUUUCAAAUGUGAGAUCCAUAAUGCUUUUCUCACGUACCGUAAAACAUGUGUGAGCAUAAGGUUUGUGCUAAUGUAAAGCGAUCAGAUGUCUGUAAAUGUGGGGUAAAAAUGCAAAUACAAACUUCUCAAAGGCCGGUGAGAUAGCUCAGUGGGCUAAUGCAUUAUCAGUAGAAUCUGUUGAACCCUUGGUUCGCAGGUUCAAAUCCUGGCACAGAUGUACUUGAAAACCAGAGUAAUCUGAGUGUACCUUUCUUGGUUAAAUACUUUAUUUAUUAUUAUUUACUUCAUUAAACAGCGCAUCUAACCCAACAAAACAAAAUGGUGUUAAGUAAAUCAAUAUUUUAUUGAAAAGACUAUCCCUUAAUGCUGACUUGGUUUUACUACUGCUUUACAACCGAAUUACAUGUGAAGAAGACCAUGAAAUGUAUAGAUGUGAUUACUGGUAGCGACAUCCCUUAUCUGAAAAUAAUAUUGCAAAAACUCCCUCCUGAAUGUUGGUGUAUGGUGUACUACAGGGCUCAAAAUUUCCACUAGCCAUUAGCGAGUAAAAUUUUUUUUUUUUUUUUUAUUUUUUUUUUUUUUAGCCCUGGCAUCUAGUAAUUCACCCCAUAAGAGUGCGACGGAGCAAUGUGUGCCCUGAGUAGUGUUCAUUUUGGCGGCAAAUUUCAAUCUAGUUUUAGUUAUGGGCUUUUGAAUCGAGACGUUUUAGUUGACUAAAUCUUCAGUUGAGAAAAUGGGUUUAGUUAAACCCUCUAUCUGACUUUUAUUUUUCUUCCCUGCCCCUCUAGGUGUCUCUCUGCCAAGCCCUGAUCUGUCUCUUUUGCCCCUUUCACAGUCCCGCUGUGCAGUGUUAGUUUUGGCAGCAAAUUUAAAUUUAGCUUUAGUCAUAGUCUUUCGACUAAAAAGCUAUUUUAGUCAUCUGAAUUGUUUUAGCCCACUAAAAUUGUGAGUCGACAAUAUUAACACUGGCCCUGUGUUUACCAUGUUUGAAUUAGAUUAUGACACAAUUUCUUAAAUCUAAAGUUGGAGGAAAAUAGAGCAUCUGAAUUUACAAAGGUUAAAGUGUUAUAGAUGCCUUUUAAGGUUUAAUUCAAUAUUGUAAAUUUCAGAGGAGUGACAAUUUUCUCUUUUGAAGAUCUUCUUGUGCGUGACUUAAGGAAAUGCCACGGGUCGCAAAGAGCAUGAUACAGGGGGAAAAGUUACAGUGGUCUUAAUUUCCUAUCUGCAUGUUACUGCCACUAGUCCCACUUUGCCAGUAUAUAAUUUGUAUUAAAGGACCACUAUAGUGCCAGGAAAACAUACUCGUUUUCCUGGCACUAUAGUGCCCUGAGGGUGCCCCCACCCUCAGGGUCCCCCUCCCGCCCGGCUCUGGAAAGGGGAAAAGGGGUAAAACUUACCUUUCUCCAGCGCUGGGCGGGGAGCUAUCCUCCUCCAUUCCUCCCCGUCGGCUGAAUGCGCACGCGCGGCAACAGCUGCGCGCGCAUUCAGCCGGUCGCAUAGGAAAGCAUUAUCAAUGCUUUCCUAUGGACGCUUGCGUGCUCUCACUGUGAUUUUUCACAGUGAGAAGCACGCAAGCGCCUUUAGCGGCUGUCAAUGAGACAGCCACUAAAGGCUUUGGGGGAAAGAUUAACCCAUUUAUAAGCAUAGCAGUUUCUCUGAAACUGCUAUGUUUUAUAAAAAAAAAAUUGGUCAACCCUAGCUGGACCUGGCACCCAGACCACUUCAUUAAGCUGAAGUGGUCUGGGUGCCUAGAGUGGUCCUUUAAGAAUAACUUUAGAUUUUAGGUUUCCCAUAUGUUGUAUAUGUACUGACAAAUCAUCUUCUUUUCUUCCAGCAUCCUGCCGUUUGAAGCUGUGGUCUGCAUGUACCGGUUUCUAGGAGCAGAUAAAUGCAUGUACCCUUUCAUCGCUCAAAGGAAACAAGCCACGAACAACAAUGAAGCUAAAAAUGGAAUUUAACCUUUUUGUCUACUUCGUGUAACUCCUAUUUUUGUGUUUUGUGCUUAGACUGACAUUUAAUGUACUGCACAGUCAACAAAUUGACUGACUGAAUUGGGAGAAGCACUUGUGCAUCCGUAUGAUGUGUGUCCAUUAUUCCUACAGCAUUGUGGCAUCUCAGCUCAUGGACUGAACAUCAUAUUCCCAUGAGGCUUUCCCUUCCCAGCCCUGUUCUAUACACUGUACAUUUGACUUUAGAGUUCUAGCAAAAUGUGACCAAUAAGGGUAUAAUAUAAAGCAUAAUCGUAGCAAUAAAUUUGCUUCUUUAGUGGUACUGUACAUACAGUAAAGUGUAGCAAAUCCAUUUCUUUAAACACACUGUUACACUAACAUGUAUUUUAAAAGGAUUAAUAAAACUUCAUAUAAUUCUAGUUCCAUUUUUAGAUGUUUGAAUGGAAAUUCUCUAAUUAUCUGGAGUUAAAAAAAUAGGUUUUUAGCACAUUUUUGUUUCUUUUUAAUGCAAUUUUUUAUUUUUGCAUUGUUGGUAUUUUUUGAUAGGUUACAAUCUUUCAUGAUGAAAUUUCUUAUUUAUGCUGAACUAUAAAUUGUAAAGCAGCAAUUUGGGGGGGGGGGGACAUAGCAGAGUGCCCACAUUUUAACUCUAAAAACAAGUUGUUGAAGACUGCAUGAAAUUCUGGGGAAAGAAUUGCAUUGAUCCCUUCCCCGAUAUCGUCAUUUUGGCAUGUAGAAAAUCUUCAUGUAUAUGCCAUUGAAACAAAUCCUCACUACUUGUACAUGUGAAAUAUUUAAGGGUGUAAAGAUGGGAUUUUUUUUUUUUUUAUGUUAGAAAACUUCCUUUUUUUUUUUUCAUGUUUUGUACAGAAAACAUUUUACAAUUGUGCCUUGGAUUUAGUAACACGCAUUGUAAAGUGUAUUUCUACCUCUGUAUCUAAAAGUGUACCAUUUUCUUGUAAAUUACUAUAAAACAUAUAUGUGAUUUUUACAAUUUUUUUAUUUUAUUUUUCUAAUUAUUAUUACUUUUGACGUCUUAAGUAUUGACCAGUGUCUGGUUUUAUUAAAGCAAAUAUACAACGAAUACUAAUGUUUGCAUAGAGACUUCAGUGUGACUGUAAAUUUGGAUAUGUUCCUACAAAAUUAGUUUGCUAGCUUUCAUUGGGAAUCCAGUAAACGCUUUUGAAAUAUCUGGAACCAGAGUACUGUUCGUGUAGCUUAUGGGUGUCUAAUGCUAGACUGUCAGGAUUUAACAUCACCAAGCUCUUAGGAUAAAUCUUUCCAUGAUUUCCAGUGUUUUUAGUCACAUGUUAAUCUGCCGAACCGCACACAACAAGGCAUUUAUAAGUACUUGCAUCCCUUGAGCCCUAAUGGCGCUUGUGUAGUGUGUGUGUUUGUGUUUUUUUGUUUGUUUUUUUUUUCUCAUUUAUUUUACAUGAAUGACAAGCAGAUCUAUUACACUGUAAGCAAG